UGGACAUCCGCUCAUAACCGACUUGUCGAAAUGGUUAAGAGUGUGAGCCGGUGCGAACUAACUGCAAUCACCUAACCGUUACCGUUUGUAGCGAACGCGCGCGCAAGGGACAGCGGUCGACGCGCGAAAUUUGCAUAAAUUCAAAUAAGGAACUCAAUUCGUAAUACUAAUGCGUUAAAGCUGAAUUGAGACCUUUGACACCAAACGGGACCUACAAUUUCUAGUGACGUAGUGAUGAUAUUUUGGUUGUGAGCAAUUUCUUAAUAAGGAUAAGUGAUAAUGGCGGUCGAAACCAAAGCCACGGAAAAAAAUCUUAAUAUUAACGGCAAUGACUUAAAUGGAACACUCGUAAUAAGGAAUAGCUUUAACAAAUGUAAAACAAACAAAGAAAGUAAUGAAAAGACAGAAAACAUUGACGAUGGCUGGAAAGACUUGGAUAUUGUACAAAAAGCGAGACGGAUGAUUUCUCUUAUUACGGUGGAACCAAUUCUCGCUUGCUAUGUGAUGCCAUCUGUACUUUCAGCCUUGGCUACACAAAACUUAUACUUAGAAAAAGCGUGUAGAGUGAAUCUUGGAUUUGAAGAUCAUGUGUGCGAUGCUUUGACACGCAGAGAAACAGCCAACUAUACGUUCGAAGAAGAGGCUGUACAAACGCUGGUAGCAUCGGUCGCCGGCUGGAAAACUGUGCUACAAUCUUUUUUGCCUUGCGGAAUCCUAAUAUUCUUGGGCGCCUAUAGUGAUAGAGUGGGACAGAGAAAAUUUUGUAUGCUCCUACCUAUAAUCGGAGAAUUUCUAACAAGUGUCGGACUUAUUGUGAAUACUUUCUUUUUCUACCAGCUUCCUGUGGAAGUAGCAGCAGUGACUGAAGCUAUAUUUCCUGCUCUUACAGGAGGCUGGGUGACAAUGUUCAUGGGAGUGUUCAGUUACAUAGCGGAUGUGACAACAGAAGACCAACGGACGUUGCGAAUAGGAGUUGUAAAUCUUUUCUAUUCCUUGGGAGUGCCAGUGGGAGCAGCUCUAAGUGGGAUUUUGGUGCGAAAGAUAGGGCUGUAUGGAGUGUUUUCCUUAAGUGCAACGCUAUACAUCCUUAGUUUUAUGUACGGAUUCUUCAGGAUCAAGGAAGUGAAGAAACCCGACGUUAAUAUGAAGCCGCCCAAGAACUGCUGUGAAUGGUUGCACACAUUCUUCGACAUGAGCUUGGUGAAGGAGACGCUGCUGGUGGCGUUCCGGCGUGGCCCCAACAACCGCCGGCUGCGCGUGAUCAUGCUCGUCGUAGUGCUGUGCGUCGUCAUCGGCCCUAUCUAUGGUGAAAUGUCAGUGAUGUACCUGUUCACGCGGUACCGCUUCAACUGGAACGAGGUCGACUUCAGCGUGUUCUCUACGUAUGCCAUGUGCACUUCGUUAGUUGGCACCCUGUUUUCUGUGGGCGUCUUCAGUCACCUGCUGAAAUUCGACGACGCCAUCAUAGGAGUGAUAUCCUGUACAAGCAAAAUCCUAUCAGGAUUCAUGUACGCAUUUGCUACGAAAACUUGGCAUAUUUAUAUAGCCCCAUUAAUCGAAAUCUUCAGCGGAACGUCCUUUAUUGCCAUGAGGUCCAUGGUUUCAAAAUUAGUCGAAAAAGAUGAGUUAGGCAAGGUGAAUUCUUUCUUCGGCGUGGCGGAAGCGAUGAUGCCUCUUGUAUAUGCGCCAAUGUACACAAGCACUUACACUGCGACCAUCAAGUCCUUUCCUGGAGCGUUUUUCGUUCUGGGUGGCGCUCUAACCGUCCCUGCCGUUGUCAUAUUUUUGUGGCUAUAUUUAGCAAGCAAGAAAUAUAGUAACAAAACGUCAGACCAGGAAGAAGACGCAAAAAAAGAAGACGCUCCGGUUAAGACGGGUCUUGAUAAUAAAGCGUUUGAAGACGACAAGGAUGGCAACAGCAGGACGAAGAGGAUCGACAAUAUGAUCAACAACACAUCUGCAGCAGAUAAAGAAAACAUACGGCAGUCGCAGAUCGAAACUGCUUUCACAGAAAGUAUGCAUAGCACCAGUAAAUUGUGAAUAUUUUAUAUUAUAUCAUCAACAUUACAAAAAAGAAUUUACUGAUAUCUCAGAUCGCAAUUAUUAAAUAGUCGGGCGAAACAAAAGCGACAUGCGAUCUGUUACUUUCUUUAUUACCGCCCGUACCGUACACUAAAUGUUAGCCUCCUUGCAUUAAACCUAACAAGCCUCUAUGAGUUCAUUUAUAUUUUAUCUCUUUAUAACAAACAAAAACUUUAAAGCAGCAGAUAAAAACAAAUGGAUAGAAACUACUUAAUUCUUAUAAGACUUUAAUGAAACACGUCAUGAGUCUGGUCUGAAAGGGUUUCUUGCCAGUGCAGCGGGCGGUAAACGCCGGUUUACUGGAGCUAUAAAAUCAGGGAAUGAUAUUUCAAAACAGCCGAAUUGUACACAGCCAAAAAAUUCAGAAUGCUCUUUUUUGGGUCGGUUAAAAUAGACAUCUUUUAUAUUUUAUCUAGUAUUUUUUUAACAUUUGAUAAAUACCAGAACCUGUUACAACUCUCAUUCAAUUCUAAAAAAGUAAAACAUUAUUGUGUAUAUAUGCGUCUCAAUUUCUGGAAAACGAUUUUGAAAUAUUAAUACGGGAAUUGGUCGAACGUUUUAAAUAUGUGAUUUCUGUACUGUGAUAAUUAUGGCAAUAGAGACUCUGUUGUAACACUUGUAAUAUUGAAAGCAAUAAAUACAUUAGACAAAAUGAAAUGUAAUGUGAUUGUGCGUGUAUACGAUAUAAAAAUAAUAAUAUUUUAUUUAGUACUUAAGUAAUACCUUAGGCUAGUUUCCUAUAACAAGUGAGACUUUAGAUGAUUAUUAAAUUGAAGACGUAUACUGAGUUUUUCAACCAUGGUGAGGUUGCAAUUUUGCUUGUGUUAUGAAAUGAGUAGGACGCCGGUCGUCAGGAGGCUAUACCAUUUAAAUAGGUAUCACAAUAACAAUAAAUGUAAAAUAAAUUGAAACCUUACAGAUGUAUGAUCAAUUUAGACACAUUUGCUUCAGUUUAUUAAUCAUUUAGCUGGGACACCUGAUUAAAUUUAUUGUGUGCGUACUUAUUCCAUAGGACAUAAUAAAGAAAAUUUUGACUAAAA